GAAGCUUGUUGCUGCUGUUGUUAGUGUGAACAGUGAACAGCAAGCUAAUACUGCUCGUCUUUCACUUUUUCUAACAAAUGACUAGAUCUAGAUCUAGCAUAUAUUAAAACAAAUUUUUAGUUUAGUCCAAAGAAUACUUUCACUCGAGGUCAUUGCAAGGAGCGUUGCAAAGUUAGCUCCUCACCUGGCAGUUGUACUUGGGCCUGCCUUGCUGGCUUAGCUGUUGGUCUUCGGCUUGGACUUCUUGAUGUUACCCUGACUCUGACAAAAUUCAGUAGACAAGAACUUCCUCAUCUCCGACACUCCUCCUGUUGUUAUUAUUUAGUUUCAGUUUGUAUUUGAAGUAAUAAUAAAAAGAAAGGCAUUAAGUUGCAACUACGAAGGAUAUGUCUUCUUUCAAAAGAUGAAUACAUAUGAUUUCUCUUAACUGUUCCAAGUGCUAUGAAAAGAGUGGAUCACAUGGAAUUUCUUCCGCUGUUGGUUCUUUAGGCCUAGAUAAAGUUUCUCUGAACUGUAGACUUUUGUUCAGAUGGACCUAACACUAAGCUGUGAUGGCGGUAGUUAUCAAAACUUCCAAGUGGACACUUCUGGAUCCUUCAGUAUUAGCAAAACAACAGUACAACAGAGUGAAAAUACUGAAAAGAUUUUGUUUUCAUGAUUCUGAUUGUGCAUUCGGUGGCAAAGAAUCAAAGGUAAAGGUGUGUGGGUAUGCUGAAGCGAUUAGUGACAGUGCCUCAACAAGCAACAAUAUUACUGCUACCGCUGAAAGUUUACAGGCAUCUGACCAGUUGUCAGGAAGAGUAUCUCCAGAAAGUUUUCAGUACCAGUACAAAGACGAUUUAUUUGCAGUUUACACUCCAUUCAUGAUGAACAGCCAGGCUGAGAGUAUCUGCCGCAGAACUGAAGAUCCUGGUCAGGAAGAGACUACUAACAGAAAGAGAAAACGAAAAACACCUUGUGCUGCAGGUGACAGUGGGAAAAAUGGAAAGAUUAUUGGGGCUAUAAAAGAACUUUUGCCUGAGAUCUUAGAAAGAGGUCGUGAACUGACCUACUUUAGGGAGGAGAAAGAUGCGCUGAGAAAGUACGCCAACAACAAGAGUGCACGGCUGGCAGCAUUGAUCCCAGGAUGUGAAGAUCUUUUUCAGAAUUUGUGUGCCCAGACAGAGAGUCAGCAACCUGGACAAACGGAGUUGACACAUGCUUGUAAACCUAUGCUGCUGUUACACGAUGCUGGUGUCAAAGUGGAUGCAGCAACUUUGAUUGGAAGAUGUGUGAGGAAUCUGAGAGAUUGUGCUGUUGACUUCUUAGUGGAUGACCACUUGUUUUUGGUGCCUGCCAAAUCAAUGUUUCUCUCCUGUACCUUCUGGAAUUUCAUCAAAGGAGGGUACAUGCAGCUGACAGAUGGUGGAGGCUAUGACUUGAUAGUUGUGGAUCCACCGUGGCGCAAUAAGUCUGUGAAAAGGAAAAAGAGUUACUGGACUUUUGAGGAAAGUGACUUAAAACAAAUUCCUGUCCCUGCUCUGGCGAAUGAAGCAUGCCUGGUCUGUGUGUGGGUGACAAACAAGGACAGCCUCAUCUCUUGUGUCAAAAAUGAUUUGUUCCCUGCCUGGGGUGUAGAGCUGCUGUCUGAGUGGCUCUGGCUCAAAUUAACUCGUUGUGGAGAUCCUGUGUGUGAUGUGGACUCUCCAAACAAAAAAUGUUAUGAGCAGCUGAUCAUAGGAAGGCUGACAAAGACCUCAGACAGUGUUGAAAAAGUGUCCGACUCUGAUGGCAAUGUGGACAGAUCCCUCCUUGCUCCGUCUGUCCCUCCAUAUGACUUCGUUCUGGUGACCACACCAUGUGUACUGCAUUCCAAGAAGCCUCCACUCUCUGAGAUACUCUCGGAGUAUGUUGCUGGCGACCCACGCUGCCUGGAACUCUUUGCCAGAAACUUGCUUCCAGGAUGGACCAGCUGGGGGAACGAGCCUUUGAGACAUCAGCAUAUAGACUAUUUUGAAAGAUUGUCCAAUGAGCAAGCUUCACAUGAGGGAAAAGAGGGGAAGCUUUUGUGAUCAAUACCUUAUUGAAUUCAGAACAUAAGUCUUGUACCGAGCCCUGAAGAUCAACCCAAGGUUUCCCUACACAGAUCUUAGCUCCGAUGGUUGAAACAUGAAUGAUUCAGGACAGAAGGUCUACUGACAACAGAGUUUUGAAGUUCAGCAAUUUUCUGAACUCUGAAUUCUGUACUACGCCAAGCAUAGCCCAGAUUUCUAGGCAGUCUUUCUUUUGCAUUUCUACUGGCGUCUAUGGUGUAGUGUUUAGGUGCUUUGCUGUUACACGCAGGAGACUUGAGUUCGAUUCAGGAGAGGGAGGACAAUUUUUAUAGAGUAUCU